AUGCUUAAUCAUUAUAAGGCUGUAGCACGUUAUCGAGGUGGUGAAGGUCUCCCUCCAAACGUCAAAAGCGAAGGAGAUAUUGGUCUCCAUCUUCUAUUUCAAUCCAAAAAACUUGGCUUUGUGGCAGCAAAGAGCAAACGUAUCAAGCAAGCACAAGUUUUCUUGUUUCGUUUGGAAAGGCAAGUGACAUUCUCAAAGACUCGUAAUGGACUGUUAAAGAAGGCUUUUGAACUGUCAGUUCGGUGUGAAGCUGAGGUUGGUCUCAUCAUCUUCCCCCCCAGAGGCAAGCUCUUUGAAUUUUCAAGCUCCAGCCUGCAGGAGACAAUUGAUCGUUACCACAAGUAUAUUAGAAAUUCUCAUUUCCCCAGACAAAAUGUGCAGCAUCUAACUCAUGAAACAGCAAGUAUGAAGAAGAUUGAGCUUCUAGAAGCUUCAAAACGGAGAAGGUUUAAACACAUGCUCACCACAAGAACUGCAUGAGAUAGAACAAGAGGUGCAAAAGAGUGUCAGAAAAGUUCGAGCAAGAAAGGAUCAAAUCUUUAAGGAGAAAAUUGGGAAACUAGAAGAAAAGGCAAGUCAAGGAAGACAGAAUCAUAGUGAAAACAUUUCAUCUUCAGAUGUAGAGACUGAUCUGCUCAUCGGACUUCCAAAAACAGGAUCAAGAGAUCAUGAAUGCCAUCUUGUACGGAUCAUAAUUGUCCCAUAAACAAUGCUGAAGAUUACGAAAUAAUCAACAUAUAUACGCUAUUAGGAAACAAGCUAAGCAGUAUAAUAAGCAUGAUUUGUCAUAUGUCAAGUUAUCUUCCAUGAUUUCUGGCUCUUGUUCGUACUUUGUAUGUUGUUCUUUUGAUUAAUUUCUAGUUGCACG